UGCAUCCAUUUCAUGAGUAUGUCUGAUUCUUUCAUGAGUACCUUCAAGCUUCACUCUUACACUCCAAACCCCACCAUUAUUUCCCCAUCAGCUCCAGAAAUAGCUCCGAAUCCUUAUUGCAAUUGUGCUCACUGUAGCCACUUUUUCUCCUUCGAUAUUCACCAUCUGGAUUAUGUAGGAGAUCAUGAGGAAGGAGGAGGUAUUAUUACAAGUAGCUCGAGGUGGAGUCCGACAGCUGCACAACUGCUAUACCUUGAGGAAGUGUACAGGCAUGGAAUCAAGACACCGACGGCUCAACAAAUCCAGCAAAUAACUUCGCAGCUACGUCGUUUUGGCAACAUCCAAGCCAAGAAUGUCUUCUACUGGUUCCAGAACCACAAAGCAAGAGAGCGCCAGAAACGUCGUCGUUGCGAGAUGGAGAUUCCUCCUCCUCUUGCUCAGCAAGACAAAGAUCAUCAGCUGUGUGUUAUGCCACAGCAAGAGCCUCCUCAAGGAUUGAGAGGGACAGGUUAUGAAGUUAAAGAGACAAACAAGUUGGCAUCUCCUUUAAACUGCAGUGCACUUGCAGAGGUUUCUGAUUCACAGAAUACAGAAGAAAGACCAGGAGCUUGCAGGAGGACUCAAAGGAGGGAGGGAGAAAGUACACACAUUUUGAGAAUCAAGAGAGAGGAAAGCCAAGAAGCUAGGUGCCAAAUUAGAGAUAUGUAUUGCUUCCUUUCAACUUCAACUACAACUCAUACACAAACUUCAAACCUUAAAAAUUAUCGUGAUGAUGAAGAAGUCGCAGAUGACAGAACCCUUAAGCUGUUUCCACUCAAGAGAGAGGAAUAUGAAGAUGAUGAGGAGGGCAUUUAUGUCAAUGAUGAAAGCAGGAAAGAUAAACUAUGUGCCUAUAAUGCUUCCAUGGUCUCUGAAAUCACUUGCAACCAGUUUUUUGAGUUCCUUCCUUUAAGAAACUGAAGGUUUUAUUAGUUAGCAUAUAUGAGAAGUGUGAGAGUUUAGAGUAAUAUUAUAUAUGUACGUACGUAGCUGUUAUGUCCUAAUUGAAUGGCUUUGCAUGCACUGCUUGUCUUGUUUGUGUGUGUGUGUGUGUGUGAGAGAGAGAGAGAGAGAGAGAGAGACGUGUGUUUUAGCCGGACAACUCACACAUCUUUUAGUUCGAUCAAGAGUAUCAAUUUCUCAGAAUGAUCGAUGUCAUGCUUUAUUAAUAUUCUUUGCCACUAUAAUACUCAUGGGUUAUAUUAAUAGGAAAAUUGAAGAUUUUAAUGAUUUGGCAAGUUAAAUGAGAGCAGCGGGACAUGAUUGAGUUUGGGUUUGAGGAUUGAAAGCGAUAAAGUCAGAGUAUGAGAUUGCAAAACUGAGAAAGGCAGGAGUCUUUUUACAUGUCAUCGCUGAAACAAUGCCUCAAAAAGAGAGCGUGGAUGAUGCAGGACAGCAAAAUGAGUGUACCAACACACAGGCAUGGCGCCGACACAGGACGACAUCCUCAGACUUUUAAACAUUUCUAAUAAUUAUUACAUAAAUCUCUGCUCUCAACAUCUAUCUUCUUCGUUCGUACCAAUAACCCAGUGCCCCUCUCGUCUUCAAUUCAACAUACAUCUCCUAUGCAGUGAUGAUAAACUACACUUCCUUACUAUUAAGUUCAUUUGUUUUACAGUGGGUUACAAUAUUUAAGCAGAGGUAUAUAAUUUCUCAGGUCAGAGGUCUCACAUUGAAGACUUUUAUUUUUUUUAUUUUUUUGGAGUUAAAAUAGCGAUUUGACUCUUAACUGUAGAUGCAAUAGUUAGUUGACAAGAAAUA